GCCUCUUAACUUCCAAAGCUAGAAGAUAAUUUUUUAUCUUAUGCUAAAACAUAACUUUUAUUUGAAAAACUCUCCAUCCAUAUAAACCUUUACUUGCAUGUGCAUGUGGUAGCUAGCUAGCUCGUUUGCUUGCUUGAAGUACUUUCUGGUUUAAUUCUUCCUUCGCUCACUCAAGCCAUGGCCAACUGUUUCUACCACUUACUUGUACCACUUCUCAUCCUCUCCUUUUGUAUUCUUCUUCCCUCUGCUACUUCCAUCUCCUUCCAAAUACCUCGCUUUGACCCAGAUAUGCCUGACAUAUUGUAUGGUGGAGAUGCAAUGUCUUCUAACGGAGUCAUUGAAUUUACCAAUGUCAGGUAUGUAAGUCGGGUUGGUCGAGUCACCUAUGCUCACAACGUACAACUUUGGAACUCUGACAAUAAGAAACUCUCUGACUUCACCACCCACUUCUCCUUCACCAUCGACACCCAAGGAAAUGAAAACUAUGCGGCUGGGUUUGCAUUCUUCCUUGCUCCUGUAGGUUUUCAAAUCCCACCGAAUUCGGCCGGUGGUUUUCUUGGCCUAUUUAACACAACCAAUAUCUCUUCCAAAAGCAAAAUUGUUCUUGUUGAGUUUGACUCUCAUUCAAAUGGCUGGGAUCCUCCAUAUGAGCAUGUGGGAAUCAACGUAAACUCAAUUGCCUCUAACCUCUCCACCAGGUGGAAUGCUAGCUUACAUAGCAGAGAUCCUGCUGAUGUAUGGAUUACUUAUAAUGGUACUACUAAGAAUCUUACUGUCUUUUGGACCUACCAAAAUACCUCUAGUACUCGAGAAAAUACUAGCCUCUCUUACCAAAUUGAUCUGAUGGAGGUUCUACCUGAGUUGGUCACGAUCGGGUUUUCAGCUGCUACUAGUUAUAAUGUAGAGCAACACACGCUUCGAUCAUGGGGGUUUAAUUCUAGUUUAGAUUAUGCAAAGGAAAACAAUGGAAAAAAUGCCACGAAGAUGAUAAUACGAGUUGUAGCAGUUGUAUUUGGUGCCGUGAUACUUUCGAUGCUUAUUAUAACUUCUGGAACUUUGUGGAGGCUGAAGCAGACGAGGAAGGAAACAACACUACACAGAAUUAAUGUUGCAUCGAUAAGUGAUGACUUUGAAAGAGGAGCAGGGCCACGAAGGUUUUCUUAUACAGAUCUUGUUUCGGCUACAGAAAAUUUCUCAAAGGAGAGGAAAUUAGGUGAAGGUGGGUUUGGAGAGGUUUAUGGGGGUUACCUUACUUGUUCGAAAGUGGCAGUUGCUGUGAAGAAAUUUUCAAGAGGUUCUAAACAAGGGAUCAAGGAGUACAUAACCGAGGUGAAGAUCAUUAGCCAGCUACGGCACCGGAAUCUUGUCCAGCUCAUCGGUUGGUGCCAUGAUAAUGGUGAGUUUUUACUUGUUUAUGAGUUCAUGCCAAACGGAAGCCUUGACUCUCACCUCUUUGGGAAAAAGAGUCAUCUUUCUUGGGGUGUGAGGCACAAAAUUGCUCUCGGCUUGGCGUCUGGAUUGCUCUAUCUUCAUGAAGAGUGGGAGCAGUGUGUUGUGCACCGGGAUAUUAAAUCAAGCAACAUAAUGCUAGAUUCUGGUUUCAACGUCAAGCUUGGUGACUUUGGGUUAGCUAGACUUGUGGACCACGAGCUAGGUCCCCAGACGACUGGUUUGGCCGGAACUUUGGGCUAUUUGGCGCCGGAAUGCAUAAUCACAGGCAAGUCCAGCAAAGAGUCAGAUGUUUUUAGCUUUGGGGUGGUUGUCUUGGAAAUUGCUACUGGAAGGAAGUCAGUUGAUCCGAUUGACAAGAGUAGUUCUGAAACGGGACUGGUAGCGUGGAUUUGGGAUCUUUUUGGAAGGGGAAAGCUUCUGUGGGGUGUGGAUGAGAUGCUGGAUAUUGAUGUCCAUGUGAAGCAGGUAGAGCAUCUAAUGAUUGUUGGUCUAUGGUGUGCUCAUCCUGAUCGAAGUUUGAGGCCCUCAAUAAGACAAGCAAUUCAAGUUCUUAAUUCUCAAGCCCCGCUGCCAAAGCUUCCGAUGAAAAUGCCUGUUGCUACGUAUCAUGUACCUGGAGAAUCAUUUAUAUCUCCUAAUCCCUUCAUAACUGAGUCAAACCUUGAAGUCGGACGUUAAAUAGUAGCAUCGAUCGAUCUCUUCAGUCUGUGUAUAUUUGCAAAUGUUCUAUAUAUUCUGUAUCUUGCCGUUUGAGAAUUAUGUGAAAUUUUAAAUUUGAGAUUUUAA